ACUGUACUUUCAGACUUCAGUACUACAUUUAUAACAUAAUUUGAGAGUAUAUCUGAAAAAAUGUUACGUUAGAGUAAAAAAAAUACGCCAGUAGAAUCACAGAACACAUGUGUAGAUAAAAUUUUCAGCAUUUUGCAUUUACACUAAUCAUAAAGCUAACCAAACAACUUGAUAAUAAUUAUUAUUGUUUAAUAACAACAAAUAUAACAGAUACUCAAAAAAUGGGUAGUAUGGUACAUUGCCAGUUAUGGAUGGGGAGUUUGGAACCAUAUAUGACAGAAACUUUUAUUUUGUCUGCCUUUCGAAGAAUGGGAGAAAAUCCACUUAAUGUUAAGGUCAUGAGGAAUAAACUCACUGGAGAACCAGCUGGUUAUUGUUUUGUUCAUUUUGCUAAUGAUGAAGAAGCUAUUGAUGCAAUGCACAAAUUAAAUGGUAAACCCAUUCCUAGUACAAACCCAGUUGUUCGGUUCAGGCUUAAUAAUGCAAGCAAUACUGGAAGAACUCUGCUAGAUAGGGAAUUUUCAGUGUGGGUUGGUGAUUUGAGCCCUGAUGUUGAUGAUUACAAUUUAUACCGAGUGUUUUCAUCCAAGUACAGUACAAUAAAGACUGCUAAAGUUAUCCUUGAUAAUAGUGGUUUUAGUAAGGGAUAUGGAUUUGUUAGAUUUGGUAGUGAAGAUGAAAUGAAAAAUAGUCUUAUGUAUAUGAAUGGAUAUGUAGGUUUAGGAACAAAGCCACUCAAAAUAUGUAACGCAGUUCCCAAACCAAAAGGUGCUGCUACAAGUACAAAUGGUUCAUCAUUCACCUCUGGCUCAGAUUAUACUCAAUAUUAUGAUCCAUCAACUUAUUGGCAGAAUUAUGCGAAUUGGCAGAAUCAAGGAUAUUAUGAUCAAAGUGCGAGUAGUGUUAACACUUCAGAAACUAACAAUGGCAGUAAUGUAACGUCUCAUGUUCCUCAGUCAGAAAAAAAGGACGAUAGUUUGGAAUUAAUUGAUCAUACAAUAGCAGUAGAUGUUGAAAAAAUGAAUAGGGAGAAAAUGGAACAGGACAGUAAUCUUUGGGAUGCUCUGGAAAGUUCAAAAUGGAUGGCAGCAGAGCAAAUUGAGGUGAAUUGAUGGUACUGAAAAUUUCCUCCUAAUAUAUAUAAUUGGGGAAAUUAUAUAAAAUAAUUUCUACCAAAAUAAUUAUAUCAAUUAUUUAUACUAUUUUCCAAUGAUUAUUCUCAAUAUGAGGAUGAAUAACUGGAGAAACGGUACAAAAGUAUAGCAAGUAAUGAACCUUGUCAGAAGGCAUCCAGCAAUUACCAAUUCUGUUAUUUCUAUUUCAAUUUUUUGUUUAAUAUAUUCCAAAAAAAAUCUUCUCUUUUUAGAGCUCCUAAGAUUCUAUUAUUACAGAAGUUUGAAAGAGAAAAAUUCUAGGAGCUGCCAAAUUUGAUACAAUAUAUAAGAAAAUAGUUCUUUUAUUAUGUAUGUAUUCUCAAUUUGACUUAAUAAAGUUUCACAAAGUACCAAAGUUUAA